AUGAGUAAAAACAGGGACCCUCUAUUAGCCAACUUGAAUGCGUUUAAAAACAAAGUCAAGUCAGCCCCAGUGAUAGCACCCGCUAAAGUAGGACAAAAAAAGACCAAUGACACUGUCACUACUAUAGAUGGGACAACUAGGAAGAGAACAGCUUUUGAGCGUGCACAAGAGAGCGCUUUGCUUUCUGCCAAGAAUCCAGCGUUGGCGGAAAUCAAGAAGGAAGCCGGAAGUAAUAGUUCCAACGCCAUUUCGUUGGACGAUGACGAUGACGAUGAAGACGACAACGACGAAGAUUUUGGUGGUUCUCCAUCAAAGAAAGUAAGGCCAGGUUCCAUUGCAGCAGCUGCUUUACAGGCAAAUCAAACGGAUAUAUCCAAGAGUCACGAUUCAUCCAAGUUAUUAUGGGCAACUGAAUAUAUUCAAAAGAAAGGUAAGCCAGUGUUGGUCAAUGAGUUAUUGGAUUACUUAUCGAUGAAGAAAGACGAUAAAGUUAUUGAACUUCUGAAAAAGCUAGAUAGGAUCGAGUUUGAUCCUAAAAAGGGAUCUUUCAAGUAUCUUUCCACCUAUGAUGUUCAUUCCCCAUCAGAAUUACUCAAGUUGUUACGUUCACAAGUGACUUUUAAAGGUAUAUCGUGCAAGGAUUUAAAGGACGGCUGGCCACAAUGCGAUGAAGUCAUCAAUUCGUUGGAGGAAGACAGUAAGAUCUUGGUAUUAAGAACCAAGAAAGAUAAGACUCCAAGAUAUGUUUGGUACAAUAGCGGCGGUAACUUGAAAUGUAUCGACGAAGAGUUUGUUAAAAUGUGGGAGAAUGUCCAGUUGCCACAAUUCGCAGAAUUACCGAGAAAGCUACAAGAUUUAGGUCUAAAGCCUGCUAGUGUUGAUCCGGCAACUAUUAAAAGACAAACAAAGAGGGUUGAAGUCAAAAAGAAGAGACAAAGAAAGGGUAAGAUCACUAAUACUCAUAUGACUGGUAUCUUGAAAGAUUAUUCCCAUAGAGUAUGA